AUGCGACGCUUUAUCCUCUCAGCACGUAAGACUAGUGCUGUUUCUCUUCUCUUGCAGGGUUACUUUAUGGCCACUUCUUCGGUAUCUAUUCCUAAUCCUGAUUCUACUAAUAUUAGUACUAAUAUUGUUAAUACUACUACUGAGAUUUCUUCAACUCAGCAGAAGGGAUUAAAUAAGAAUAAUAACUCUCCACCAUUAGUUGCGCUUCUGGCUUCUGUUGUUUCUGAACUGCAACAUCGAUCUAAAGAUGCAACGAGACAAGAUACUGUUUCUAUGCCAUCACUUAAACUCCAACCGGAGGAAUUAAUAAACGCCUUCAGUAAAUAUAUUCGCCGUGAAGAUGAAUUAACAGAGUUGUGUCGAUCUAAAGUUCCCUCUGUUCGUCGACAUUUCUUAACCAUACGAGCCCAACGUUCACAUCUUUCCACACUACAGCGGGAUAUUCUUUUACAUGAGAUCUCACGAAUAGUAGAGAAGAGAGAAAUUCCACCAACCGUGGCUGCUCAACUAUUUCGUUCUCAUUGGCCAGAUCAAAUGAUGGAUGUUGCGGGAAGUCGUCAUCACUCUUUCCUUACCCGCAGCUUUACUGCGUGGGUAACGCAAUUACUGCAUGAAAAGAAAUUAACAAGUGGAGAGGCUCGUCAAAUCCUCACAUUUUCUCCUCGAGUCUUUAAUGGACAAGUGGCGCUGGUGGGAUCUCUGGUGGAGUGUGCGCUGGCGGAUAUGAAUAGCAACAGUGAUGCGGAGCCGCUGAUUCAACUCAUGUGGGCUGUGAAUAAUGCCAAGACACAUGCCCCUCAUCAUUUCUGGCAACGUGCGGUGGAAAUGUUGGCAAAGAAGAAUCGUUCACUGCGAGAUCAGGUAGGAGAUGCCAUUCACAGUAGUAUAAAUACAAAAAAAAAGAAUGAAAGUGUGAAGGGUAAAAUAAUAAAAACAACAACAACAGAAACAACACAUAUGCCUGUGGGUCAUGUAUUCUCUGGAUUAACAACACGACAAUUAUUUCGUAUACUUCGUGUACUAAAACGAGAGCAAUGGUGUGGAGAUGUUCCAACUAUUUAUGAUUUUGUGGAUAAGGCGUUAAAGAAUAUUGUUUUUGAGGCAGAGGCAUUAAGUGCGGCAGAUGAUAAACCGCAUGGGAAACCACUCACACGAAAAGAAAUCAUGCAACGUGUACAAAAAGCUUCUGGAUUAACACCAUUAGAACUUCUUUCACUUAUGCAUAUUGCGGGAGAAAUUGGUUUAGACAUUCAUGUUUCUCUCGCACGGGUAUCGGAUUAUUUACUUGCACCUAUGGUGGUAUAUCUUAAUCGUGAACAACUUCUUUUGCUAACAACAUGUGUUCGUAAAACACGAUGUGAUUCUCUUCAAUUGGUUCAGGCAAUUGUAGAUACCAUUGUUCAAAGAGGUAUUACUUAUCCAAGCAGUAUUAUUUUAUGUAAAGCCACUUUACGAACCGUUAUGCAGAAAACUUCACUCUUAUCUCAACUCACACUUGCCCCUUUUAUGGAUCAUAUAUUUGGUCUCUGUGAGAGAUAUAAGUAUGGAAUGCGGGCUUCUCAAAUAUUGGAUUGGGUGGAAUUAUUAUAUGCACUUUCAAGAAGAUAUGCCCCAACUUCUUCUGUUGGAAUUCGUGUUCGUGCAUGUGUGGAGUCUUUCGCAGCUCCACUACGUGCGAUGUUGUCUGUUGGUGCGGUUCCCACUUCUCUCAUCUCACGCGUGUUGGAGCACUCUGUUAUUCUCGGCAUGCGGCACCAACCACAGUACCCACUCACAGAGAAGUUGUGGGAGGAACGGAAUGCGGUGGUGAAUAAGAAAAAUCGUAAAUCUAAACAAGCCGUAAAGGAGGAAGAAGAGGAAGAGGAUGAAGUUUCACUGCUAGAUUCACAUGAUGGUAUAGAAACAACAACGAGAAUAAAAGAAGAAGAAGAUAAUAAUCAUAAUAUAUCUACAUUUACUACAGAUGAUGUGAAUAAUUCGUUUGGUGGAGAAAUUGCACGUGCUGCUUUAGAAGUAUAUGAAGAUCUUAUUUACACCUACGAACGACAAAUGGUUUUACGACAUUCACUUUCAACGGAAGAAAUGAAUCGUCUACGUGCGACCUUUCACCGUGUUGGUUUGUAUAAUCUCUUUGUUGGGGCAUUCCUAUUUAAACAACUACAUCUUUUACCUAAUAGAACUGCUAUUAACAUUUCUACACAAUUCAAUUCAGAAACACCACCACCGCAGGCACUCUCUGCAUGGAUGGAGCGUGAGAUCAGCAGCAUCAUUGACUCUCGUCUACAAACCAUGAAGAAAUCACUAUCCUCUCAUACCAAUUCCACAGAAAAUACAAUAAACACAGUAAAUACAUUAAAGUAUUCCCUUCUGCGGGUAUUUGGUCAACGUCAAUGCGAUGCGGUGAAGGUACGGCGAUUUAUUCAACUUGUGCGGGACUCCCCACUGUUGUUAUCCCGCCAGCGCCGCAGUGUGUGGGAGUUCAUUUCUCUUCUCGCCCAGCAGUACGGUGGGCCGGAGGAACAGGCAAUGGCACAGGAGUUGCUCACAAAGGCACUCUACUAG